CGAGAUCACAGGCAACUGCUGCUGAGUCAUGGACACUGUGCAGCAGGUCUUCAGAGGCACUUUUGUACAUUCAACCCAGACAUGUCCUAUGGAGGUCUUAGAAAACCAUAUACUGGGGGUUGGCAGCACUGGGAAAAUUUUAUUUAUAGAACAUACUAAGAACGAAGCGCAAUUGGCUCUGAAGUGGAAAUUUGAUAACAGCAAAAUUGAAGAUCUUGGCCAGAAUGAUUUCUUCAUGCCUGGAAUGAUAGACACUCACAUACAUGCCCCUCAGUACCCAUUCUUAGGAUCAGGAAUGGAACGUCCGCUCCUAGAGUGGUUAGAACAUACUACUUUCCCAGCAGAAGAAAAGUUCUCGGAUCUAGAUCUUGCUAGCAACAUUUAUGAAGCAGUUGUGCAAAGAACACUAAAAAAUGGCACAACUACGGCUUGCUACUUUGCAACAAUUCACACGGAUGCUUCCCUUGUGCUGGCCGAUAUUACAGAUCGCUAUGGUCAAAGAGCAUUUAUUGGAAAAGUAUGUAUGGAUAGCAAUACAAUAUACCCGGAGUAUAUUGAAAGUACAGAAGAAUCAAUUGCAGAAACACAAAGAUUUGUUGAAGCAAUGCAAAAUAUGAAGUAUGACAGGGUUAAGCCUAUUAUCACACCUCGCUUUGCAGUUACUUGCAGUGAAAGGUUGCUGUGUGAACUUGGUAGGCUUGCAGACAAUUAUGGGCUUCACAUUCAGAGCCAUAUAAGUGAGUCUGUAGCAGAGAUUCAAGAGGUGCUGAAUUUAUUUCCUGAAUACAAUAAUUACACUGAAGUGUACAGUAAGAACAAAUUGUUGACGAACAAGACAGUGAUGGCUCAUGGCUGCUACCUCUCAGAUGAAGAACUAUGUAUGUUUAGAAGCAAUGGCGCUGCAAUAUCACAUUGCCCUAAUUCAAACAUUUCGCUGUGCAGUGGUCAUCUUGAUGUAUGCAAUGCAAUAAAACAGAAAGUUAAAGUGGGCCUUGGAACAGAUAUAGCAGGAGGUUACUCUAUUUCCAUGCUUGAUGCUAUUCGCAAAGCAAUAGAAACAUCAAAAAUUUUGUUCAUGGAACGCCAGAAGAGACGAAAAGAAAGCAAGACAAUACACAAUAACCACCAC